AUGGCAUUUUCGGGAAGUGUCCGACACUUGCAAUCUUUAUCACGUUCACAAAAGGGACUUUCAAUUGCUCAGCUAUAUUCGCUUCCACACAUUGUUUCUUUUUCUGAACUUUCAAAGUCAUACUCGAGAUCGCCGUUACAGAUGUUCCCCGUACGGGUGGCGGUGGAAACGGUUCGGGCGCAGCAUUGUCUUUCAUGCGCUCACGACGGUCAUAUACUGGUUGACACCUAUGCUAUUGUAUCCGGUGCUACAGUGUUGAGUCAAUUAGUGGAGACGGUGCUUUCUGCGCUCGGACAUCCACAACUUGCUCUGAACGCUCGAGGACUUGUACAGGUGAACAACUGGAAGGCAUUACCGUUCGAACAGAUCACCGAUAAUCCAGAUGAGACUGUACAUUCACUAUUCAAAGACAUUUCCGGUCAUAUCACACUACGAAUUCUCACGAAACCAAGCAUCUCCGACUCAGCGAGCACACAAUGUAUAACAGAUCUCAAACAACGACUUCUGAAAACGGCAGUCUCGAAAAAUCCACAAAUUCUUAACAGUGUGGAUAACCAACAAAUCAAGGAACUGAUCAGUCAAGUAAUCGCCGGCGACGAUCCAUCCAUGCUCAACCAUGAACAGAUCACCUCCAUCAACGAGUGGCUCGAGACCCUCGACCAAGGAGACGAACGAAGAAGUCCAAUCUCUCAAACGAGGUUCAAUCAACUGUUCGAGGUGCCGAAAUUAGAGAAAUGGUUUAAAGCGGAUUCAAGUCCAAGUCGGCAAAAACUAUUGAAUUAUAUGAAUAUCCUGAAUAGUAGCAGUUAUCGACGAAAUCAUCAAAAGAUCAGCUAUCAACAGAUUUGUAACUGGUUUGCCAAUCAACGAGCAUCCACCCGUCGGCCAGCCUUAGCCGCCGCUCACACACAGGUUAACCAACAGGUGCCCAGCAUUCCAACAAUGCUGACAGAUUUUCGGCCAAAGUUCGACUUCAAUAACGUGAUUGAAAGCUGUCAAAAGAGCACAAAUGGAGAUGAGAGUCGCAUCGAUGGCGGUUCCGACUCGCCGACGCCGAAUGAUGACGAAGUGCACAGCAAUAGUGAUGGCGCAGAAAUGUCCACGUUCCCCCACAUUAAGCAGGUUGGUGAGUUUCAGGAAUCGACUGCGUCGUCACCUGACCUGUCUGUUAUCAACUCGAUUGCAAGCUCCUCACCAAAACAUAUCCCAAACGACCUCACAAUUGGAAAUAAUAUUGGAGGGAUGGGAAUCGGUUCACAAGCUGCUCGUUCACGUUUAAUGUUCGAUCCAUUGACUGAGCUGCCGAUUCUGGAGAAAUGGUUCGAAGAGAAUCCACAUCCAACGUGGAUGCAAAUCGACCAAUACACACAAAUGUUGAAUGGUUGCCCUUAUCGGGAGAACUAUCCACAUAUUAGCCAACAUAAUGUUAAGAUCUGGUUUAAAAAUCGUCGCGCAAAGUGCAAGCGCAUGCAGACGGGCAUGGUGGAGAAGUUGGAGAAGUUGUUCGCGUGA